AUGGUCGUUGUACCAAAAGGAAAAGACGACAUACGGUUGUGCAUCAACAUGAAGCAGCCGAACAAGGCGAUUCAACGGGAACAUUUUCCGCUUCCAGUCAUCGAGACAUUAUUGAACAAAUUGAGGGGAGCAACGUGUUUUUCCAAACUCGAUAUAACGUCUGCAUAUCAUCAUGUGGAAUUACAUCCGGAUUCUCGAGCGAUGACAACGUUCAUGACAGACCGGGGAUUAAUGCGUUUCAAGAGGUUGAUGUUUGGCAUCAGCUGUGCCCCCGAGAUCUUUCAGCGCAUAAUGACUCAAAUGCUUGCAGGAAUUAAUGGAGUGAUCGUUUACAUCGACGAUAUAGUUGUUACGGGUAGAACUAAAGAGGAGCACGAUAACAGAUUACAGCAAGCAAUGGAGGUGCUCAAAAAGAACAAUGCUAAGUUGAACCAUGAUAAAUGCGUGAUUGGGGUCCAGGAAUUAGACAUUCUUGGAUUCAAGGUAAGCUCGGCAGGGAUUAGCCCGUCAAAAGAGAAAAUAAUAGCGAUCAAGAACUUUAGAAAACCAGAGACAAAGGAAGAAGUCCGAAGCUUUCUGGGGUUGGUGAAUUUUGUGGGGCAUUUCAUUCCCCACAUGUCAACUAGAACCGAACCGUUACGUAAAUUCUUACGAGGUGAUGUACUAGAAUUUGGACCAGAUCAGAAUUAUGCUUUUAACGAUUUGCGAAAUGAGUUGGCAAAUAACGUGAGAAGUCUAGGAUACUUCGACCCAGCAGAGGCUACAGAAUUGUACGUUGACGCAUCUCCUGUCGGAUUGGGCGCGGUACUUGUACAAAGGGAUAGAAAUGGGAUACCAAGAAUUAUUAGUUUUGCUUCGAAGGGACUCACUGCUGCAGAGCGAAUUUAUCCACAGACCCAGCGUGAAGCAUUAGCUGUAGUCUGGGCUGUUGAAAAAUUUUACCUCUAUCUGUAUGGUUUACAUUUCACUAUUUUCACUGAUCAUAAGACACUUAAAUAUAUUUUCGAAGGCAAAUACCAGGAAAACAAGCGCGCCAUGUCGAGGGCUGAAGGAUGGGCUCUACGGCUUCAGCCGUUUGAUUUUGAGAUGAAGUAUAUUGCAGGACCUGCUAACAUAUCAGACUCACUAUCGCGACUGUGCUCACAGUUCGAUUUACCUUUCAACGAGAAUGCUGAGCAUUAUUUAUGCGCAAUUGGAGGAGGGCUUACAGCAAUAACUUUGAAAGAAAUACGAUUGGAAACUGUAUGCGAUGAAAUUUUGGCAGGAGUUGUUAAGGCACUUGAAACCGGCAUUUGGCCAUCAGUACUUUUUCAGUAUCAAGCAUUCUCUACUGAGUUGGGAAUUACAAAGGGAAUUGUGGAGCGUGAAGCUAGAAUCGUGCUGCCAGAAAGGCUUAGAUUAAGUGCGCUGGAUAUAGCACAUAGAGGACAUCCCGGAAUAGUGGCUAUGCGUAUGAAUCUCCGAGAGAAAGUGUGGUGGCCGGGUAUGGAUAGAGAUAUCGUAAAUAGGAUUCAAGAGUGUGCUGGUUGCGCUGCAGUGAGCAAACUAACACCACCAGAACCGAUGCAGAGGAAAGGAAUGCCAGAUCGGGCCUGGCAAGAGAUUGCGAUUGAUUUCUUUUCAGCAAAGGAGUGUGCGACGUUUAUGGUUGUUGUCGACUAUUAUAGUCGGUUUCUACGGGUUAUCGAGAUGAAGGGUACGACUGCAGGGAAGACUAUCGAUUCUCUGGAAGGUAUAUUUAUCGAGCAAACGUACCCAGAGACGAUACGUAGUGAUAAUGGCCCGCCGUUCUCGAGUGAAGAAUUUGCACAGUACUGCUCGAAUAAAAACAUAAGACUUAUUCGUACCAUUCCGUACUGGCCGCAGAUGAACGGUCUUGUAGAAAGGCAGAACCAGGGCAUCCUUCGGACACUUCGGAUCGCCAAAGCAACGAAGUCGAAGCAAUAA